AUGGAGCGCGGAAAGCACUCCUCCCUCCAAGAACACCCAUUCCAAGUGAACGAGCAUACACGGCAGCCGUGGGCGGGGGCACAUGCAGCCCCGGCAAGGGAACCCUCAGGUAAUGGACCGCAUUGGAACCAAGCUCUGUCAAUAUCGCAGGGAGAACGGGGCCAAGUUCAGCAGCAACCGCAUACGCUGCAACACUUCCAGCCCUGGGUUCAGCAACCACAACGGCAGGUACGGGACCAACCCGGGGCUCAGCCAGUGGUGCAUGAGAGGAGCCAGACCGCGGAACAAGCCCAGCAACAAGCGGAGCCAUCUUCCCAUGUUCCCAUCCCCGAGAGUGUUGUCGUCACUAGAACUCCUCCCGCCACUGCCUCGAGCGUCCUGGAGGACCAAGACCACGCGACAGACUCAGCCACGGCUCCGCCCCCGCCUUUUCUCGAGCCCGACCCCUACGCCCGGGCAUCCCGGCUGCAGCUCCGCGAGGCCUACGCCCCUACUCCGAGUGUCGUAGGCCACGCGCGGCGGCCCUUCGGGAUCCCCGAGCUCGCGCGUGACAUGUUCGCCGGCCGGCCCAACCACUACGACGAGACAGCGGCCCGCUGGGCGGCCCGCUGGGCCCAGUUGGGUCUCACGUGGCAGACCAGCCCGGAUGAUGACUACGACGACGGUGAUAGCGACGGUACCGUUAGUGACAUCGGCGGUGGCAUAAACAGAGGCAAGGCCAGGGGAAAGGGCAAGGGCAAGGGCAAGGGCAAAGAGCCUGCCCACGCCGGACUCUCGCCAGAUACGCUGCCAGGCAGAGGCAGGAAGCGCAACUUCUCGAAGGCCUCGUCGGCGGUAGACUCCACCCUGUCAGCCGAGCUGGACGAGCCGUCCACCCCGGCCACCCCCGCCGCCGCCGUGGUCCCCGGCACGGAGGCGCUGCGGCGCAACCUACGGGACGACGCGACUGUUGCGUGCGUGCGCCGCGACCACGGUGAACGUGCCGCCCUCGACAUGACCGCUGCGGCUAACACGCUGCAGGGGGCCGGCCGCGGCCUGGGCGGUGUCGCGGACGCCCAGGUCGUCGCCAACGACCUGGAGAUCCGGCGGCGCCAGGAGGCUGUCGACACACAGGGCUCGCGCCGUCGACGCCGAGGUGCCUCGUCAGAGGGUGAAGAAGAUGCACCAGCCGCGCAGCGACAGCGGAUGGGGCAGUAG